AUGCUGACUGAAAACGGCAACUGGAGCGUUGAUGACUGUGGGACAAGACAUCCCUUUAUCUGUUACCAAGAUCAUGUGAUCCUGAUCACUGAGAGCAGGACCUGGGAGGAGGCCUUAUACUACUGCAGACAUCACCACCAUGACCUGGUCACCAUCACUAACCUGGAUGAUCAGAGAUGGGUUCAGGAGAAAACCAAGAAUGCUACAACUCCUUAUGUGUGGACUGGACUGCGCUACACCUGCACUCUGGGGUUCUGGUUCUGGGUCAGUGACGAGGUGGUCCGCUACAAGAACUGGGCCUCACCUGAACAGGUGAAUGAGUGUGACAUGUCAGGAGCCAUGGAGACAGGAGGCGAACACAAGUGGGUCAAGAUAAAUGAUGAGGAGAAGCUCAACUUCCUCUGUUCAAAGUGA